UACCUCAUCGCUUAUCUAUGGGCCCCACGAUGCUUGGUCCAUACGAAGGAGACGAGAUGACUGGCCUCCCUCUCUCCCCCGUUCAACCCCUUCCGCCGGGAGACCCCGGCCAAGCAAUUCUUCUUUGCUAAACGACGCCGCGGGGGCACACUUUUACGGCUUCAUCCCCUCCCCUUCUCCUCCUCUCCUCUCACAAAGAAACAAACACCACCGGGGCCACGUCGAUCCACACCUCCCUAGGAGCAACUCCAUCCCUCCGUUCUUUCGGUGGCUCUCCUUCCAACUCCCUAUCCCUCUCCAAAUCCGCCCCUCCCUACCUCUUGUGCCCACCUUCUCUCUCUCUCCCCCUUGCUAUCUCUCUGGCCUCCUUGUCUGGCUGUGUGGUUUCCUAGGUUGGAUUCGAUUGUUAUUGGAGAUCGGGGCGGCCGCGCAUGGGAGCUCUGGAGGAGGCGCGGUUCGAGGGGGAGCUGGAGAACGGGGUGGGGCUGGACGAGCCGGAGGAGGAGCUGGACGCCGGGUCGGGAUUGGGAUCCAGGCCUGAGGCGACGAGGGCCAUCGAGGAGGUCAUCAGGGUCCUUCUGCAAGGCCUGGGGGAGGACCCCGAGCGGGAGGGGCUCAGAAAGACGCCGCUCCGCGUUGCCAAGGCCUUCCGGGAGGGCACCAGAGGCUGUUUGCUUCACAUGCAAGAUGAAGACAGAGAGAAGGAAGGAAGAAAGAAAAGAGGUUACAGACAAAAGGUGAAGGACAUUGUUCAAGGUGCUCUGUUUCCUGAAGCUGGUUUGGACAAUGGGACAGGUCAUGCAGGAGGAGCUGGUGGGCUGGUGGUUGUUCGAGAAAUCAGCCUGUUCUCGUAUUGCGAGUCUUGCCUGCUUCCAUUUAGCAUUCAGUGCCAUGUUGGUUAUGUCCCAUCAGGGCAACGAGUUGUUGGCCUAAGCAAGCUUUCUAGGGUUGCAGAUGUCUUUGCUAAGAGGCUUCAAGACCCACAGAGGCUGUCUGAUGAUAUCUGUGCUGCACUGCAGAACAGCAUCAACCCGGCUGGUGUGGCCGUUGCUCUUCAGUGCUGGCACAUCCAGUUUCCAGAAGUUCUAAGGUGCAAUCCCAACCCAAAACAUCUUUCCAAAUCGGACAUGCAGGGCUGGGUACAGGCAUCAGUCUGUUCUAGUUCUGGAGUUUUUGAGGUUAAGGGUAACUCUUUCUGGAAUGAUUUCUUAGCUCUUCUGAAGUUCAGGGGUAUAAACUUGGAAGGGGGCAGUAAAAGCUGCUUUCCUGUUCAGUCUUGGUGCCCAUCAAGGUCUUUGGAAGUGCCUCUAUGCAAUGGGCAUAGCACAAAAAGUCCCAAUAAUGGUAAGGUUUCUUCCAAGCCAGGGCAUGCUUAUGCUGCCAUGGUUGCUGCGGUAACCUCAAUUCUCUACUCCCUUGGUGAAGACCCAAUGAGGAAAGAACUCAUUGGCACCCCUUACCGUUAUGUGCAGUGGCUGAUGAAUUUUAAGAGCUCUAACCUGGACUUUAAGAUGAAUGGUUUCAAUCUUGGUAAAUUGUGUUUGCAUAAGACAGGAGAUGUUGUUAAUAGCCAAUGUCAUAUUCAUUCUGUGUUGAAUUUGCCUUUCUGCUCUCAGUGCGAGCAUCAUCUACUGCCAUUCCAUGGAGUGGUGCACAUAGGCUACUUUGACGAGGAAGAAGGCAAACAUAUCGAGCGGUCCAUUUUUCAGUCAAUGGUUCAUUACUAUGGUUGCAAACUCCAAGUGCAAGAGAGGCUCACGAGGCAGAUAGCGGAGGCAGUUCAUGUUGUUUUCCGUAGGGGAGUGAUGGUGGUUGUAGAAGCCAACCACAUUUGUAUGAUAUCUAGAGGGAUUGAGAAGGUGGGAAGUAGCACGGCAACAAUUGCUGUUAUGGGUCAGUUUUCAACUGAUCCUGCUGCCAAGGCAUUGUUUCUUCAGACUAUUUCGAACAGUACUGCAUCAGGUGGAUGAUCUUGUUUUGUUAUUUCAGAGUUUUGAUCUGAUUAUGGUCAACAUUUUUCCCUGUCCACAUUUAUAUGGGCAUGGCAGGUUCAAUUUGUGAGUGGAGAUUUUCUCCAACUAGCAUGAAUGAUUAUAAUUUUUAAUUUCCUUGAAUUUUUUGUUCGAUGCACCUGAGCAGCAACCAGAAGAAGUCUGUCAUUCUAGGAGCAGAAGGGUGUGGCAUGGGAGAAACAGCAUGAGGUUUGAUAUGCGCUGUUGUUACCAAAAUCUAUAAGAAUGAUGAAGAACUUCAAAUUUUUUUCCCUGAUGUAUUACUUUCUUAAAAUAUAAUGCAUUCUUAUCAAGUUAAUGAUUCCUUCAUACA